AUGGCACAGCAAAGUCAAAAACCUGAAGGAUUGACGGUUGUCAAAAAUGAACCAAUUGAAUCGAUAGAUAUUGAUAGUAAAAAAGAAGAGGAAGUGUCAAAGACAGGGGAGGAUAAGGAACCUAUAAAGGAGUCAGCAGAAACCAAGGAUGCUCCCGAACAUGAAAUUGAAAGAAGCACGUUAGAUAGCAAACAUGAAACUAAAGAUAUUUUAUCCUCGGAUUCGAAAGCAGAAAAAACCAAUGAAGACGAGGAAGACGAAGGGGCACCGCCUCAAAGACCACCUAGACCAGUUUCUCCAUUGACAAGAGUAACUAACGAUUUAAAAGAGGCAUUCCCUGCAAUUGAGGAGAAAUAUAUCACAGCUAUGUUGAUUGCUUCUCAGGGUAAUGUUGAUCCUGCCUUCAAUGGCUUAUUAUACCUCUCAGACCCUUCCGUGGGUGUUGAACUCCCAACAAGUACCUCCUUCACAUCCCUGACGGCAACAACUAAAGAAAAGACUCGAAAUCCAUCAAUCACUGAUGAUGAAUUAUUGGCAAGGAAAUUGCAAAAGGAAUUUGAAGAAGAAGAAAGGAGGAGGCGUAGACGCCAACAGGAAAAAAGAAGAAACCUGCAUAACCGUGCUAGACCUACGGAAGAAGGUGAUUAUGAUAGCCCUGAUGAAAUGGAGCAGAUCAAAGAAUCAUUUACUCAAGGUAUUGAAGAGGCUCGAACCACCUUAAACGGGUGGGUCAGUGGCAUAGCCAAAAAGUUUCAAGAAAAUGGUUCUCAACAGCCUCAGAAUAAUCAGAAUCCGAAAUUAUUUGGUGCCUUGGGCGGUUCAUCAUUUAACACCAGUAAAGGGAGAUCGGAGCGGUUUGAUGACGAUCCUGAAAUUAUUUCGAAUGACUUUCAUAACAAGAUAAGCUUAACUAAUAAAGACACGGAUGAUGAACCUCCAACUUUACCGAGCCGUGGUAGGGCAACCCCCGGAGAUUCUGAUAAACCAUUACCAAAUCAGCCUUCUAAUGAAAAGAAAUGGCAGCCAUUGAGUGCUGAUACUCCAGUGAAUUCUGAUGCAUUUCUUGUAACAGACAGUGAAGAUGAAGAAUCCGGAAAUGAUGCAAACAAGAAAUCCAGUGUUUUAUAG